GCAGACACCCCCUUAGAAUUAUUCCUGUUAAAGAAUACAGUAUUUAUUUGCCAGUUUGGACCUGAUAGAUUCAUCGACAGAGAGUCUUUAGGCCAUCAAUGGAAGCUGCUGCCUCUACAGUCCUGAAUAAUCUCCACAAUCUUCCUGUUGCUACCAAGCUCUACACAGUUCCCAGAAGAAAUCUUUUCCCUCUUUCGUUUUCUCUUACAGCGCCAAGAGCUUUGGGCCUUCGGAGUGGUGGGGUGCGAUUCAAUGGACCUAUCAGUUGCUCCAGUUCUAAUGCUCAUCAAAGCCCAUCCAAGCAGCUUGCUCUUCUAUUUCAAGUUGAAGGGGUACUGAUGGAUAUCUACUGCUUCGGAAACCGGCAAGCAUUCAAUGCAGCAUUUCGGAAGCUUGGAUUGGACUGUGCAAGUUGGACUCAACCAGUUUAUCAGGAUCUUGUAAAGAAGAGCUUUGGUGAUGAGGAGAGGAUGUUGAUGUUGUAUUUUAACAGGAUUGGCUGGCCAACAUCACUACCUACAACCGAGAAGGGAUCUUUUUUAAAAAGAGUUAUGCGUGAAAAGAAAACUGCACUAGAUGAUCUCGUCAUAUCAAAAGCAAUACCUUUGAGACCAGGGGUUGAAGACUUUAUUGAUGAUGCACUGGAAAAAAGUAUACCCGUGGUCAUGCUGACAGCCUGUAGUAAAAUAGGGGAAGAGGUGGCAAGAACCAUCGUGGGAGAGCUUGGAAGUCAUAGAGUGUCGAAGGUGAAGAUAAUCGGGGAGGAAGAGGUAAAACAAAGCUUGUACGGCCAACUUGUACUUAGUAAAGGUCUCUCUUCUGAUCUUGGAGAGCAAUUAGCUGAAGAAGCCAAUAAAGCUGUUCCCGCUGAGGAGGUUGCUAAUACACCUUCAAGUCAAUGCUUUGAAAAUAUGGUCGCUGCACUGCAGGCAGGGGCAGAGUAUGCGGAGACAGCAGUCAAAAAGUGCAUUGUUGUUGCUGGAAGUCACUCUGUGGUUUCUGCAGCUGAGCAUAUUGGCAUGGUUUCCAUUGCUGUUCAAAGCAGCUUGACAGCUAGGGCAGAGUUUGCUGGUGCAAAAGCAGCAAUGGAUGGAUUUGGUGGUUCAGAUUUGACCGUUUCCAUGGUACGCCGAAUGCAGAACUUAUAAGCAUCUCAUUGGAGGAGGUUCCCCCCGAGUUGUAUGACGGGCGACACAGGGCAGUUCGGGCAGCAUGCAUCCUUACAUGUGUCGUCACUACCCAACUCGGGGUAGCACCGAGUGGACCCUAAAGAAAGGUUUCUUGUUCACUACGGAGUCAUGUAAUCAUAAUUGGGCACUUGUUGCUGUUCUGCAACCAUCAGCUGCAUUUUUCACUUCUAUGCUUUCAUCAACAGUGAAUAUUUUUACUUUGGGGCAACUCUCCGGGUUGAUUAUGUAUUGCCUCAUCAAUGCCUCCUCAAUUGGAGAGUUUUUAUAGUACUCUGCACUGUACUCUGUAUGUUCUGUUGGUGAUUUUCGUAUCAUCGAUUAUUUUAUGUAAUUGGAUUUAUUUAGGCAUGUCUAUUCAGUUUUUGCUAUAUAUAAAUGGAGUCCCACGGU